AUGGACCGAAACGCUUUCUUCAAAGACAUGGACACCGUCGCCCGACCACCUGCGUUCGAACGCCCUCGAGCUUCUUCAAACCCUGUAUUCUCAACAUCAACAGUCCAUGGGACGCACUAUAUCGACAGGACCAGCGGGAAACGCGUUUACAUGGACUUGAACCUUCAAACAUUCUCGAAGCCCAAGGGUGAAGAAUGGUACUCCCACAUGUACGCCAACGUCAACACAGACAAGAUCGUAUGGCAGGGUACCUACGAGGAUAUAUACCCCAGCUCGGACGAGGUCUCCUCUGCUGAGGGGUACGCACUUUUGUGUAGUUACAGCUUCAUGGACGAAGCAAUGUCCACGAUAUCUGUUCCUGGGUCGCCGCCAGCGUUCAAGAGGCCAACCCCUCAAGGCUUCCCACUCAUAAUUGCGCCCGACUCUGGCUACCAUUUCAGCGAUGAACAUGCGGAACGUGCUCCCGAGCAACAAUACGAGCCCGCUUUCCAGGCCAUCGCGACGAUGAACCCUGAUACCCGCUUCAACGACGUGGACGUUGUGAUCAACCGGACCACGAUGCUGAACCUUAUGAAAUGCGUCAAAAACGCUUCCUUCCAAGCGUUUCAUCUUGAUCUCGACUUCGAGCAAAACACCCUCUUCAUCGGAAGGAAAGUACGCAACGCAAAAGUCAGGUCCGCUACCAACACCUACGGUCGUAACUUCGAAGGCGCCCUCACAGAUUCCGAGGUUCACGGUGCAACGAGCCAUCAUCGCUUACUCAAGUACAAGCUAGGUAGCCUCACCAUCGUUGUGCGCCAUGAGGCCGACGCAUACGGCCCCACGAUCGAGUCGCCGCGCGACCCCGAUGCACCACCGAGUACUCUUCCUACCUUUGUUCCUGGUGGGCACGACGUUGAAAUCACCCAGCACGGAGGCCCGCAGAAGACUACUGUUCUUAUUCAGGGUAAGGUGGUGCCCCAAUACCAGAUCCUGGAGCUGAAGAGUAAUGCAAGUUCGCGACCCAUUGAUCAGAUGUGGUUUGGCAGAACUCCUACUUGCUGUCUCGGUGGGAAGCACAACACACACUUUGACGGAACAUACAGGCAGAAGGACAUUCGAAUAAAGGACGUCACUCAAGCUGGGAACAAGUCAGACAGCUUCAAGGGUUUCGAGAAGUGGGAGAAGGGUAACCAAGAGGCGCUGCAGAAGGUUGUAGCACUGCUCCAGCUGUUGCGAAAGACCGUUGGGGAGGGUACCGAGCAUCGGUCCGCAGUGUUCGUGGUAAUGGGCAGUGACGAUAUGAAGGUGUAUGAGACGAAGGAGAGGACUGGAGCAUUACCCCAGGAGAUUGUAGAGCGGUUCUGGGAUUAG